GCUCUGAAAGUCGGAUAGACAUCAGUCGCCAUAUUUGAAGCUUCCAAUUGCCAGAUGUGUGUCUCAGGUGAGACCUGUGCUCUCACAUCAACGGCUUGGAUUAGCACUGUGAGCAACUAAAAGUCACAGUCUUACAGACAAUUUGCCCAGAUGCUUUGUUCCGAUCCCAUACGCUCGCGCUUUCUGAUUCCCUGAUCCUCCUCUACCCCGGGAAAGCUCAUCCCCUGCGACCUACUCUUCUUGGCUUAAUUGAGAGUUGAGUUUGAUUACUAUGGCAUCAAGACGCCAUGUUCAGUACAAUGCUCUUCCUACCGAUGAAGAUGAUAAUUAUGAUGGUAUUGCGAGAAGACAGUAUGAUGCUCGGUUUGACUAUACACCCAAAGCCUUAGAUAAAAUCCCAUGGAAAUCCAUUGCCCUUGCCCUUUUCCUGCUGUUUCUUGGAUCAGUGCUUCUCUUCCUCUCAUAUUUCAUCUUCACAGGUCACAUGGGAGGGGAGCACUCCCAGGCCUUCGGCCUUUUGGCCUUAGGAAGUCUCUCCUUCCUCCCAGGCUUUUAUGAGACUCGAAUUGCAUAUUAUGCAUGGAGGAAUGCCAAAGGAUAUCGGUUUGCUUCCAUUCCUGAUUAUUAGUACCUGUCUUUGUGAUGUUCCUCAAAUCGAUGCCACUUCUAGUCCUGGCGUAUUGUAUAGAACCACAUGCAUAUGCAAUUUGUUUGUUAUUUCAAACAUGGUGGAAAAAAACGUGCCUGUUCAUUGGAAUUCCCUGUAUUUUUAGGGGUUGUUUUGGUUUCUUUCUGCAAUAAUGAGUAUCUUGGUGGACGAUGAA